UGAAAUUAUUUAGGAAUAUCACUAAGUUAAAAUAAUGUUGGAGCAAAGGCCGACAAAAGACACUGCAAAUCUACUAGUAACAAAUUGGCGACAAAUUCAAAUUAUUAAUGGAUCGUUGAAAUCACAAGUGUAUAUGCGUACACAACAGCUGUUAGGUAUUCAGAGAACUCUCACGUCAGCCGAAAGUGCGCCCAAAUGCGUAUUUGAAAGAUACAUUUGGCGCGUUUUUACAAGUCUUAUUUGUGAAGCAGUUGUGAAGUGUGCUAGAUUGGAUGCAAAUCGUAGUGGAUUAGUUGUGAAAAUUUCACCGUGACAUUUAAAAAAAAUUAACAAAUUAAAAAUCUUUAUAUUCCCUGUUGAAAUACUGCACUGAAAUAAUAUUUAGCAUCUAGCAAAAUAUAUUACUAUUGUUGUAGAACGUUUACUAGGCACUAUGACAUCACUCAAGCCAAUUAAUGCUGCAGUUCCUAAAUACGGAGUUGGCACACAGCCCUUCACCGUCCUUAUCGAAGGCAAUAUUGGCAGUGGAAAGACUACAUUCAUCAAACAUUUUCAAAAGUUUGAAGACAAAAUAUGUGCAAUGACGGAGCCGGUGGAAAAGUGGCGUAAUUUUAAGGGAUACAAUUUAUUGGAACUGAUGUAUAUUGAUCCGGACCGUUGGGCAAUGCCGUUUCAAUCAUAUGUGAUGCUGACAAUGUUGGAGCGACAUACAAAACCUACAGACAAACCAAUUAAGAUCCUCGAACGCUCUUUAUACAGUGCAAAGUACUGCUUCGUUGAGAACUUACACAAAUGUGGCCUUAUACAUAAUGGCAUGUAUGAAAUAUUGAAAGAAUGGUAUAGUUAUGUCGAAGACAUUACACACAUACAAGCUGAUUUAAUAGUUUAUUUGCGUACGACGCCUGAGGUGGUUUAUGAACGUAUACGGAAACGGGCUCGUUCCGAAGAGGCAUGCGUGCCACUUGAAUACAUCAAGCAGUUGCACGAGCUUCACGAAGACUGGUUGAUUCGAAAAAAAGCUGGAUGUAAUAUUAAAGUUCUAGAAAUUGAGGCCGAUUUAGAUCUCUCCGAAAUCGAUCGAGAGUACAAACGAUCUGAAAAUGUUAUCACAGCGUCAAUACAACAACAAAGGCCAGCAGUGACGGCAUCUCCCAGUAAGCGCUCAGAUUUUUUGGGUUAGUUCAAUUAACAAGCAUUUUAGCAAAAUUUCUCAGCAUCACUAGAUACAUUUUCUUCAUACAUUUUAAAGUUUCAAACACAUAUUAUAAUUUUAAUCGUAAAUGUAUUAAUACUAUUAUAGACAUGUAAGAAUGAUGUGCAUUUUAAGAUAAAAUAUAUAUUUGACUAGUAUAAAUAACAA